GCUUUCCAGCGGCAGGCCCGCGCGCCCCAGCGCCCCAGCGACGCUUCAUUCGGGCUUCUGCGGGCUAUGGGCGCCGUCGAGGGCGUCGGCGCGGUCGCGCAGUUGCUCGCGUUCCAUCGGCAGGGCUCGGACGCCGACCUUCGGAUUGAGAGC